AUGCUGCCAGCGCGGACCAAGGAGCUCGCGGCCGUCCUCGAGAAGGCCAUGCGCGCGUCCUCGGGCUUGAAGACGCUCCGGGCGUCGGCCUCGGCGUCGCCCUUCCAGGCGCUCGUCCAUGACUACUACCUCCCCAUCUUCGCGUGGGCUGAGUCGCAGUACGACUGCCUCAACCCGCCGGCCGCGACGACCAAGACCUGCCUCGUGCUUGGCCUUAGCUGCGUGCAGGGCGGGGGCAAGACGACCAUGACGUCGUACUUGGAGCUGCUCUUCAAGGCCACAGGAAAGAACUGCGCGGUGCUCUCGAUCGAUGAUGUCUAUUACACGCGGGACGGGCAGCGCCGCGUCGCCGAAGCGCACCCUGGCAACCCCCUCCUCGAGUUCCGCGGCAACCCGGGGACGCACGAUGUGGACCUCUUGCUCGACAUCAUCGCGCAAGCCAAGCAAGGCGCCGACGUCGUCGUACCCCGCUACGACAAGUCGGCCUUUGAAGGCCGUGGCGACCGUGCGCCGCAAGACGCGUGGCAGCACCAUACAGGUCCUCUCGACGUGCUCGUGAUCGAAGGCUGGUGCUUGGGCUUUGAAGCCUCCAACCUCCCCUUGUACGUAUCGCAGCUCCAUGCAGCUCGGGUAUAUCUUCAUCGACGACGUAGGAGCCACCGCCACUUGGGGCCGGUCAACGAAGCUCUCAAAGAUUUCGACCGCAUCUACGCCGAGCUCGCCGCAAUGCUCGUCAUCCAAGUGCCCGAUGCGCACUGCGUUUACACGUGGCGCGAGGAAGCCGAGGCCGACAUGCGUACCCAAGGCAAGCCCGGCAUGACGUCGGCCCAAGUCGCCGACUUUGUGGAUCGCUUCAUGCCCGCGUACGAUGCGUACUUGCAACGGUUUUACGCAGCGAUGAACACAAGCCGGGACGGACGCGGGUUGGCGCAGAAGCCGCGCCUCGUCGCACGCAUCGACCGCCAGCGGACGUGCGUCGCCGUGCAGACAUACGCCGGAGGCGUGGUGACGCCAACGGGCUCGUCGUAG